CAACUAAUAAGUACCACUGAAAUGAUGCAAUUAUCGUUUAUUGUUUUGAGCAAACAAAGUUGUGGCACCCCUGAGCCUCGAAUUCUGCACCGUCUGGUUUAAAGCCCUCUACUCUGCCACAGCAACGAACACACGAUUAAAAUGGGUUUAAAAAUGUCGCCAAGAAUUCAUUUAAUGUGUCUUAAGCAUGAAGGUUGCUAUUAUUUCACAGUAUUUGAACCAGCAGAUGAUUAAUGCCAAAGUGAUACUCCCCAUAUGUUUUUAGCUUGAAAUUAUAUAUGAAGGAAUACGAUCUCUAUGUUGGAGCGUUGCCAUAGCAACAUUUUAAACGAAAAAGAAAUCUUGGUUUGCCGUUUUCGUUUCUUGCUUGAAAUGCUAAUUUAAAGAAGUAAUAUGGCAGAAAACGAACAUUCUCGGUCCUCAGAAAGUAUUCACGUAACUGUACUUCGUGCUCGUAGACUUAAAGGGGUUAAAGGCGACGUUUUAACUUCUUAUGCAAAGGUUGAAUUUGACGGCAAAAGUUUGGGCGAUUCAGCGAAGGUAGAUUCAACCGCAGAGGUCAGUGCUGAGUAUAAUUUCACUACAAGUUUCGACUGCUCGUUCACUGACGGUCACCAUACACUUGACGAUGUGGCUUCAAAACCAUUGCUGAUAACAGUAACAGAAGUUUUACCUAAAGAGAAAAAGCAAAAGGAAGAAAAGUCAGCAGUUCUUGGGCAGUGUACAGUAGACUUGUUACCUUUGCUGCUUCAACCUGAAUCUGAAAUUACAAAUACGUUGAUUUUGCACGCUGUCCCUGGUUCUCCUCUUGAAACUGUCACCCCUGAGUUCGGCAAAGUCGAAAUUGAUAUCAAGAUUUCCGUAAAUGAACCGCUUCUUGAUGGAGAACAACUUACCCAAAGUAAUCUUUUUACUGUAAGACUUGGCUCUGCUUAUUCCUUACCUGAUUCCUGGUCUUCUGGAUCUCAUUAUAAUUACAUUGUUGGCCUGCCUGUACCAGUUACCUCUGAAAAACAAGCAACUGUAAUAUUCCAGAACGGCGCACUGAAGUCUAGUGCUGAUAAAGAGCCUUCCAAAAGGUCUGCCAAGUGGUACAGUGUCCCUAAUGCUGUCAGUGCCGCACAGUUCAUUCCUAACAGCCAGAAAGAACGUGUUUCAUUUGAAGAAGAAAAAGGCGACUUUUCAGGCAAAGAAUUCCGAGAUUUUCGCAUUGAAGCUGAGUCUGAAAAGAAUCGAAUUUCUUGGGACGUCGAAAAGCGAUGUUACCUCGAUCCAGAUGCAAAAGCCGAGUUCCAGAACAAGAUUUCACAAACUCGUUACUGGCCUGUGGAAGUAAUGAGAAAUGUACCGUCACAAUCUAAAGUGCCGACCGCUGCUGGAAGCAAGAAAGACAAGAAUGCUCCUGCUGAAGAUGAUGGUAGCAUCUCGUUUCAUGGUGUUGUAUAUGUUGACCUCGCUCCUUUGCUUUACCCUGGUGUUUGCUCUGUAGCUGGUGCAUUUGCAGUCCACCCAUUUAGCGAGAGCGAGCUCAAAGAGAAGACGAAGCGAACAAGCGCAGUCGCAGAAGAUAUAGCGCGAGUUCAAAGCAGUACAAGUCGUGGUACUGGUUCGUCACCUGUGUUGAAAGGUAAAGGGGCAAAAGAAGGUUCAACAGCAGUAUCAAAGAAAGGUUCUGCUGUCAAGCAUGCAGAGUCAACUGCAGAAGUGGACGGAAGCCAACAAACCAACACAGACAGCUUGGCAUACACAGAAUCCCGUAGUUACCUUUACUUAGAGUUUACUCUUGCCCGACCUUUUGUGCCAAGAAGAGAGCCGGAAGAGUUGGCGGCGAUGGUAAGAGAAUACAUUCCACCAAGACCUGCAUUUAAACGAGCAGUUGGUGGAGCUGCCAAGGCUGUUGAAGAUUACCACGCGCAGUUAGCUUCUGUGGCAUCCAUGGUGCUGGAUGAAUUUCGUGAGAUGUUUGGAGAAGAAAUAGGAGAUGAUGCUUUGAACCAGACUGAGGCAAAACGUCGCGAGCGCAAGAAACAACUGAUGUACCAACUCAACUCAUCAGGUAAAUACUUCGCGUUUAAAGAGCAACUGAAACAUUCUGUCGUUAAAAUCGUGAGGGAGAAGUACAUGAAAACUACAACGUUCAAAAGUAAGGAUGAACUGCAAGCGUUUUUGUCCGAUCUGUAUGUUUACUUGAUCGAUGAAAUGCAUGCGGCGUUCGGUAAGUUGCUAUCGAUGGAGAAUGAGCCUCAGGAGGUCAUAGAACCGAUGGUGGAUUCAUUACAACUUAAACGAUUUGCUCAAGAAGCAGAAGUCAACGAGGAGUACAAGAUGGCGUCUAAAUAUUACCAAGAGAGGUUGGCUAUGAAUGAGAAGGAUCCAGAACACUGGUUCGAUUACGGGACGUUUAAUUUGCUAGUGGGCGACAACAGCAAGGCUAAGGAAUGUUUCAAGGAGACUGUGGCGAUAGAUCAGACUUACAAAGAGGGUUUGCUAAUGUAUGGUAUUAUGUGUACCAUGGAUGAAUGCUACACUGAAGCUGAGACGGUACUGGAAAGAUCUACAUCUCUGGUUGAAAGUUCACCAGAUGCAACACCACAGAAUCUAGCAUGGACUAUACUAGCGUUGUUUUACGACAGCCAAGGAAACGAGAUACAAGCAGAGCACGCAUACUCGCAAGCUAACAAGCUCAAUAUCGCUGCAGCUGUUGAAGCAAUGGUGAAUUCCGAAGCUAAGGAAGAAGAAGUGAAAGAAGUUGCCGAAAAACCUGACCCUGGAUCCGUUGCGGGCACAGAGCAAGAACAAGCUGCAUCUCUACUGCCAUCUACCGGUAGCAACACCAAGCCCCAACCACCAGAUUCGGCAAAAUCUGUUUCAACAGUUCGUGGGACGACCAAAGCAUCCACGAAAAAGGAUCCACGGAUUCGAAGCUCGACUGAGAACAGCGUCUCUUCGCAUGACCAAGACGCUAAACAGAAGCCAAGUGAAGCAGAACCAAAGGUUACAGCUGUACCCAAGCAAACUAUCUUCCUACAAGCAGCGCAGUGGCUGUUACGACGCAAAGCUCUCAAGUUCGCUGAGAUCUCUUUAUCCCAUGAGCUGUUAGAACCGCACGGAGGUCCUAGCGCCGAGUAUUAUAUCGCUCUCGCCCAACUACAAAUGAUGAGACGUCAACUUUCCGGCGCUAAAGAUAGCUUAGAGCUUGCUACCUCAUUCGACAACGAACACCCAGACGCGUGGGCGAUGAUGGGGCAUUUCCACUACGUUUCCGGCGACUACAUAUCCAGCAAAAGUUGCUACGAACGCACUCUUGCUUUUGUGACCGACGCUGCGGAGAUGCAUUCAAUAUACCUGCGGCUUGCUUCUAUAUAUCUACAACAGGGCGAGUUCCAAAACGCUAAACGUACUUACCUCCUUGCAUGUAAGCAUUCCCCGACGUGUAUAUCCUGGCUCGGCGUCGGCAUCGCCUGUUAUCGACUGAACGAAAUAUCCGAAGCCGAAGACGCAUUAGCCGAGGCCAAUAUACUGAACAAUACUAACUCUGACGUUUGGGCUUAUCUUUCCCUAGUUUGUCUUAACACAGGGCGAAAGCUGGAAGCUGAACAAGCUUACAAAUACGCCAUGAAAAUCGGCUUCGAUGACGAGAAUGUGAUCGAAGAGAUACACAGCGUGCAGAAGAAGCUAGGGUUUGGUAACCCCUCCUAUUAAUACUGUGUUCAAAUUGCUUUUAUUUCGUUACGCGUUUUUAUUUGCCCGUAUGCUCUUGUUUAUUGUAUAUUAGGUUGGGGUAAGAUCGUCUUUUUUUCCAUUUCUUCGUCCCAUUUGCUAGCAAACAAACAAUAUUUACGAUAGAAUAUAUGGGUUAUUAAAUGCUAACGAUAUCCAUCUUACCCCACUCUACUAUAGUGCUUUUAUAUAUUACCGAAAUUCGACAUUAACUAAAAUUCAACAACUUUUUUAUACAUACUUGCAUAGUAACAAAUGUUUCAUAAUUCAAAGUCUUCGUUGUGUUUCGUGACUUCUGCGUUUCUUUUAUAUUACAUACAGCAGUGUAUAAAUUCAGACA